UUACUCUCCUCCCAAAUUAUCUAUAAGUAGUCUGAGUUUUCAUAACAUUAAACAUACGACUACAAGCAUUUCUUUUGAAUACAAUUCAAACAUGAAGUCCCUUUGUGCCACCUUAGCUCUCUUCUCUAUUCUUUUGUUUGCUAAAACUAUUGAAUCAAGAGGAGGUGUAGGAGAAUACUGGAAAACUGUUAUGAAUGAGCAAUCUAUGCCCCAAGCAAUUGGAGGCCUACUUGGUGAUGUUCCUGAUUCAACACCAAAAAAGAAAGCCGACGACUGCCAUGAAAACAUGAAAAAACCAUUCGUUGGGACUGAGGAAUUUGAGCCAAGGCCCAAUGUUUCAUCUUACCAUGAUGGUGAAAGCAAAGCAGAGAACUCUACCAAAGACACUGACUCUCUCCCCAAGUCUCAGGCUUUCCAUGACAAGAAGCCAUUUGUAGCAAAAGAAGAGAAGCAGUCAUCAUUUGAUGAAGAUUUUGAGCCAAGGCCAAAUAUUUCUGUUUACAAUGAGUAAGAGGAACAUGAAGUGAAUUCGUGCAAAAUCUGGUCCUUUUUUUAAAAUAUAAUAAGCUUGUGGUUAGUGAUAGCGAGCACUGUAAUGUAUGUUAAGUUUAUGCUGGAAAUCUUUCCCACAGCUUCUUUGUAUCAGAAAAUAAAAAGGCCAUUGGUCCUGAGGGAAGUGGCUUUAUGACUGUAAGGUAUGUGUGGUUUGGUGUUUAUGUGUCAAGCUAGCUAAGUCAUGAAUGUAAUUUGCCCCAAAAUUAAGAAAUAAAUAGCUUUGGGCGCAAUUCACUGUGA